UCUCUGACAUUUCCAUCGGGGAUUUCAUUCACGCUUCUCCACGGGGAUCCUUCUGCUGAGGAAUACUUAUCACUGUAAACCUUUUUUGGGUAUCUGUCAAAAACUCGUGCCUCGCAUGGGGAAAUAGAGGGGCAGACGACAGACGCACCGGAGGAAAAGUUUUUCCUUCACCUUCCCUCCUGCGCGUCACGAGUUCACCUUGACUGUGACAUAACGGAAAGCUUUUAAAACUUUCUCCAUGAUUGUUUGAGCCGGGCGACACGGACCUGUGGAGCUUUCACUGCUUGUUGAAGGGCUGUCAACACAAUGGGACGCCUGUGUCUGCUCCUGGUUGUCACUCUCUCCCUACUCACCUGCCAGGUGCUGUGCUCCGGAGUUUUCGAGCUGAAGCUGCAGGAGUUCCUCAACAAGAAAGGGGUGACGGGGAACGCCAACUGCUGCCCCGGAGGCUCUGCCCAUCCGCAGGGCCAGCACCAGCAGUGCGAGUGCAAGACUUUCUUUCGGGUUUGUCUGAAACACUACCAGGCCAACGUCUCCCCCGAGCCUCCCUGCACGUACGGCGGGGCUGUGACUCCCGUCCUCGGCUCCAACUCCUUCCAGGUGCCGGAGACCAACGCGGACAGCUUCACCAACCCCAUCCGCUUCCCCUUCGGCUUCACAUGGCCAGGGACGUUUUCACUGAUCAUUGAAGCUCUGCACACUGACUCCCUGGACGACCUGACAACAGACAACCCGGAGCGCCUGAUCAGCAGGAUCACCACUCAGCGUCACCUCACCGUGGGAGAAGAGUGGUCCAAGGACAUGCAGACAGCCGGCAGAACUGAGCUGCGUUACUCCUACCGCUUCCUUUGUGAUGAGCACUACUACGGCGAGGGCUGCUCCGUCUUCUGCCGGCCCAGAGAUGACGCCUUUGGGCACUUCACCUGCGGCGAGCGCGGGGAGAUCAUAUGCAACUCUGGCUGGAAGGGACAGUACUGCACUGAACCAAUCUGUCUUCCUGGCUGUGAUGAAGAACACGGCUUCUGUGAUAAACCUGGAGAGUGCAAGUGUCGCGUGGGCUUCAGUGGGCGUUACUGUGAUGACUGUAUCCGUUAUCCAGGCUGCCUCCAUGGCACCUGCCAACAGCCCUGGCAAUGCAACUGCCAGGAGGGCUGGGGUGGGCUUUUCUGCAACCAGGAUCUGAACUACUGCACACACCAUAAGCCUUGUCUCAAUGGAGCCACCUGUACCAACACCGGCCAGGGCAGCUACACUUGCUCCUGUCUGCCCGGAUACACCGGUGCCAGCUGUGAGAUCCAAGUCAACGAAUGUUCUGGAAACCCCUGUCGCAAUGGAGGCAGCUGCACUGACAACGAUAACAGCUAUAAGUGCACCUGCCCACCUGGUUUCUAUGGCAACAACUGUGAGUUAAGCGCCAACACCUGCGCAGAUGGGCCCUGCUUCAAUGGCGGGCGUUGCGCCGACAACCCUGAAGGUGGCUACUUCUGUCAGUGCCCGAUGGGAUACGCUGGCUUCAACUGCGAGAAGAAAAUUGACCACUGCUCCUCCAACCCCUGUUUAAACGGUGCAGAAUGUGUGGAUCUGGUGAACUCAUACCUCUGUCAGUGUGCUGAGGGAUUUUCAGGUCUGAACUGUGAGGACAGCAGCAGUAUCUCUGGAUACUGCCUGUCCUUCCCUUGUGAGAAUGGUGGCACGUGUCAGGAGGAAGUGAGCGGCUACACCUGUACUUGCCCUCCAGGGUAUACUGGUGAAAACUGCAGCUCCCCCAUCUCCCGCUGCCAUCACAACCCCUGCCACAAUGGAGCCACCUGCCACGAGCGUGAUGGUCGCUACGUUUGCGCCUGUGUGCCUGGCUACGGCGGUCACAACUGCCAGUUCCUCUUACCAAAGGUGCCCAGGGUUCAGCCAGUCGUGGAUGGACCGGAUCGGCGAUAUUCUUCCCCAGAUCGCGACGACGUUGUAGACGAGGAGGAUGACGACAGCGGAUUCCCCUGGACGGCUGUGUGUGCCGGCAUCUUCCUCGUUCUUGUGAUCCUGAUCGGCUGCUCAGUGCUGGUGGUCUACAUUCGGGUCAAACUGCAGGAGCGGCACAGUCACCACGGCGACAGUGUCCACAGUGACAGCCACGAGACCAUGAACAACCUGACAACCACCAACAAUUGUCUCCGCAGUGACAAGGAACUGGGCACGAUGAUGACAACGUCAAUUAAAAACACCAACAAGAAGGCGGAUUACCAUUCAGACCUCGCUGGGUCACUGGGUGGUCUGAGUGGAAUCAGCGGGCUCAACGGAUCAGAGAAGAACGGCUUUAAGACUCGCUACCCCAGUGUGGAGUACAACCUGGUCCACGAGCUCCGGCCUGAGGAGCUGUCGCUGUGUAAAGAAGAGGGCGGCAAUGAGCCAGAGGUUAAAUGUGAAAUGCUGGAUGAGUCUGACUCAGAGGAAGACUACAGGAAGAGACAUAACAGCGAUGCAUCGGAAAAGAAACAAGCAGAUGAGUCACCAAGCUGCAGCGAAGCAAAAUAUCAGUCAUCCUGUGAUUUGAACUGUCACGCGGCAAGUGAUCUUAAAUACCAGUCAACCAGUGACAUCAAAUACCAGUCAACCACUGAUGUCGAAUACCACAGUCCCAGUGACAGCAGGUACCAGUGUACCACCGACACCAAAUACCAGUCUGUCUACGUCAUGUCGGACCAGAAGGAUGAAUGUGUCAUCGCUACAGAGGUAUGAUACCAGUCCAAACAGACCAGUUUCCUCUGGUGGAUGGCGGUCCACACGCACCAGCCCUGAGCAGUAGAGCUCAGCUUGUCUCCAGGAGGUUUUACUCCUGCUGUUUGCUGCUGUUCCCUGGGAUUUACCAGAGGACUUUGAGCCAAGGUGCUACUGAGCCAGAGGAGUCAGUACCGACUUGGCAAGGACUUAGUACUACAGUAGUACUACGGGUGUUUUUCAACCUUCAAUGGAUGUAGGUCUAAUGCUGACUCAGUGCUACGGAUGAAGUACCAGAAGACGGCGAUAGCACUAGUACAAACUCUGUACAGAAACAGUGCUGAAUGAGAACUCAUGCAGUCAGAUGGUGAUUGCUGGAGAACUGGUCGAGAGCUCAUUUGAUGUCUGUUACAGUAGUGGAAGAUUUACUACGCAUACAUGGAUGAACUCUUCUCCCCUGAUAACCUAUGGAGUAUUGACUUGGAUGUUGACCGAUGAUAUUGUAGUACUGUGGAGUACUGAUUGAAUGAACAGUGUAGUACCUUUGGAGUACUGAGAACUUUUGAAGUACUGUUGUAGUACUGUUAUGUGCUGUGGUUUUACAAUGCAGUGUAAAAGCUGUCGUGGAUAUUGGACAGUUCCUGUUCUGUGCAGUGCCGCAGAGCCAAAGAUGAAGUACUAGCCACAGUAGAAGUACUUCAUUAGUAUUGCAGCUGCAGCUCUUGCAGUCUAUUUACUGUUAAGAAUUUAUUUGAAAACAUUUCAAUUGGAGCUUUCCUGGCAAAACCGAACCAAAUGAACAGCAGCUGUACAUCUUUGACUCUGCAGCACUGACAGAGACAGUGUUGGCUGAGCUGGUUCUCAGCAGAAAAUAGAGAACUGAAGACUCCAGUAGUGACUGCAGAUCGAUCCAGCAUGGAUCCUGUUGGGCCAUACUGGCCCCCUGACCCUUGAAGGUUGUGAUACACAGGGCAAUGUUUUGGGCAGGGCAACUUAGGAAACACAACAAUCAUCAUAAGAGAAUGAGCAAAGGAAGAGACAGUAAAACACAUCAGACAAAACAUAAGAGAAGCGUAAUUAUCCAGUUACAUAUUUUUUCCUGGAUUACUUGUUUGAAAUGACUGUUACUCAAUAUUGAAGCAGCUACUAGCGUCAGACACAAUGUAUUGACCAAAUAACCUAAAAAAGUUGCUCAGUGCAAAAUCAUUCCAACAUCUGAUGAUGCUGUUGUGUUUCCAAGUAAGCUAAGCUAUAAAUGACUAGUCAUAACUGCCAAGACCUCAUUGCACUAUGGAGGCGUGUGUGUGUGUGUGUGUGUGUGUGUGUGUGUGUGUGUGUGCGUGCAUGCAUGGGUGCCUGUGUGUGGUGUCAAAUGUAUGCACUGCCCACUCCCGCUCCCUUCACUCCCAGUCUUCCACUAUUAGCCAAUUGAAGGACACCAUCACCCUGCCUGCCCUUGGUUAGGAUCAGUUGUUUUUAUUUUAUUUGUUAUCUAAAGAAAGAUGUAUUCUUUUAAUUUAAUUAUGUAAUUAUUUGUGUUCCAUACUGUUGUGAUUCUUUUUUGUUAAACCUGUCAUAAUUUAAGUUGGAUUGUUUUUAUUUGGCAGAUAAUGUAUGUAUGUAAGUAUGUAUGUAUGCAUGUAUGUGUUAGGCACUUGAGACCCCUGUGACUGUGUUGUAUUUAAGAGAGAAGUCGUAUGUACAGAGCCUGUCAUUUUUAUUACUGGAAAA